CGAGCGCGCGUUCGCGUAAUAUUCUGGGUGUUUGCUGAUGCCCGUCACCGCGGGUAGCAGGAAGCGAUGAGACCAUUCAGUGUUCGUCCAGCCUGAUAUAUUUGGUUGAACCAAAAGACGGAAGAAUGCCGCUCACACCUCUCGUGUCCUGGGCUCAACGGCAUGAAGAAAUUUACCUGCGAGUGGAGCUGACAGACGCCCAGAAUAUUGAUGUCCAUGUACAUGAACAAGUGCUUCAGUUUAGAGCCCAGGGCCAUGGUGCAAAAGGACAGAAUGAAUACGAGUUCAGUUUGGAGUUUCUUUUACCUGUAAAGUCAGAGGUGAGUCACAGGUCCACGCAGCGGCAUGUGAAUAUUACUUUGCAGAAAGAGCAGCGAGGCUGGUGGGAAAGACUGACGCGACAGGAGCGCAAACCAGUCUUCCUGGCACCGGACUUUGACCGCUGGCUGGACGAGUCAGAUGCUGAGAUGGAGAUCCGGGAAAAGGAGGAAAAAAAGAACAAGUUGAAGUCUCAGCGGCAUGAAGAGAAAGGGUUUGUCAGCCUGACAACAGGAAUGUUGUUUGUAUAUAAUCUGGUUCAGUUUCUUGGUUUUUCUUGGAUCUUUGUCAACAUGACCGUGCGGCUCUUCAUCUUUGGCCGAGAUUCUCUGUACGACACAUUUCACACCAUAUCGGAAGUGAUGUUCUUCUGCCAGAUCCUUGCAGCAGUAGAGGUCCUCAACGCUGCUUUUGGUGUAGUCCGGACAGGCGUUAUUCCAACUCUUAUACAGGUGGUUGGAAGGAAUUUCAUUCUCUUCAUCAUUUUUGGUAGUGUGGAAGAAAUGCACAACCAGCCGGUUGUGUUCUUCGUUUUCUAUCUGUGGAGCGCCAUUGAGAUUUUUAGGUAUCCAUUUUACAUGCUGGGCUGUUUCAAUACAGAGUGGAAAACCCUCACAUGGCUGCGGUACACAAUCUGGAUACCACUGUACCCAUUAGGUGUUGUAGCUGAAGCUGUUGCUGUGAUACAAUCCAUUCCCAUCUUUGACGAGACUAAACUCUUCAGCAUUCCUCUGCCGAAAGCUGUCGGUGCGUCCAUCAGCUUCUCUUACGUCCUGCACGUCUAUCUUGUCCUCAUGUUUCUGGGACUGUUUAUCAACUUCCGUCAUCUUCACAAGCAGAGGAAGAGGCGCUUCCGUACCAAAAAGAGGAAAGCAAAUUGAGAUUCAGCACCAACAACACAACGCCUUUGCUGCCUGCUUAUUUCAAGAUAACAUGUUUUAAAUGAUUCUCAUAAAACAUGUUCCAUUCUAAUCAGUCCUACUUUGUUGCGAGAAGUUGUUUUUCUUUUGUCUCAAAAAUAAUUUAAUUUGUGGUCAACAUGAACAUCCUAUAGAUGAUGCAAACUGGUGAUUAAUUUCUCUAAGAUGUAAGUUUGUAUUUUAUAGAUAAGUGAAGAUCUAUAAUAAGCCAUAGAUAUUGAUUAUGAUUAUUUUAAUGUUUUUUGCAGUGAUAUUGCUACUAUUCAAGAGUCAUUUUUGUAUGAAUGAAGAAAAUAACAUCCUGAACAAAUACUAUAAUUGUUAACAUUACUGAUUUUUGAACCCUCCAACAAACCUCAGGGAAAAUUACAUGGGUGACUUCUAAAAUCAAAGAACGUUGUUAAUUUUGUGUUCAUUCUGUACAAUAAUAUCUUGCUAUGUAGACUUUGUAUGCCUUCCCCGCUUUAUUGAAUUAUUUUCACCUGAAUUUUAAAUGCCAACAAUAAGUCAUUUCAAAGGUUACCUGUAAAUGUUAUUUGAGACUGAAUAAAAAGUGCUAUCUGGUCAA